AAAUAAAUUAAAAAAGAGACGGAAAUCUCAAUGUCGGAAUCUAAAAACACAAAUUCAGGAGCCCAACUCAGCUGGGUCUCUCUCUCUCUUAUCUAUUUCUCUCUCUACAACCUUCUCUGAUCGUAUCUUUAUGGGCUGGUUUCCAUAACUUAUUUUUCUACGCACCAAACCCUACCUAAACCUCCAUUAAAGCUUCUCUUUUUCUAUCUCUUUCUCUUCUCAAAGAGCAUAAUAGUACAUUAAUGGCGUCGACACCACCACACUGCUCAAUCACGGCGUCAAAGCCGUAUCAAAGCCACCAAUACGGUCAAAACCCAAACCUCAAAAGCCAGCGCCAGAGCAAUCGUCAAACUCAGCAAUGGGCUACUCAGAAGGUCUCUUUAACUAAACCUUUACCGGCUCCUCCGCCUCGGAACGUGGCUAAAUCCGCUUCUGCUCCGACUAGUCUUUCUCAAAAUCCCGCCUUUCAGUCUCUCUGUCCUCUCCCUGCUCCGAAGUCUGAGCUCGCUGCUGUCUUCUCCGGCCGCCGGUCGACCCGGUUCGUCUCUAAAAUGCAUUGGGGCCGCCCCAAAACCACCGUGGGAUCCCGCCAUACUUCGUUCGCUGAGGAUGCUCUGCAGCAGGCUAUCCUAUUCGGUAAGGACGAUGUGGGUCUUGAUGGUGUUUUGCUUAGUUUUGAGUCCAAGCUUUGUGGGUCUGAUGAUUACACUUUUUUACUGAGAGAGCUUGGGAAUAGAGGUGAGUGUAGGAAAGCGAUUAGGUGUUUUGAGUUUGCUGUUUCGAGGGAGAGGAGGAAGACUGAACAAGGGAAAUUAACUAGCGCCAUGAUCAGUACACUUGGUAGGUUAGGAAAGGUUGAGCUUGCUAAAAAUGUGUUUGAAACAGCUUUAAAAUCUGGUUAUGGAAACACUGUUUAUACUUAUUCAGCUUUGAUUAGUGCUUACGGACGAAGUGGGUAUUGGGAGGAGGCAAAAAGAGUGCUUGAGUCGAUGAAAGGUUCGGGUUUGAAGCCAAAUUUGGUUACUUACAAUGCUGUGAUUGAUGCGUGUGGUAAGGGGGGAGCAGAUUUUAAGAGGGUUGUGGAGAUUUUUGAUGAGAUGCUGAGGAAUGGAGUGCAACCUGAUCGAAUUACCUAUAAUUCACUCCUUGCGGUUUGUAGUCGAGGGGGGCUGUGGGAGGCUGCUAGGAAGUUGUUUAAUGAGAUGGUGGAGAGGGAGAUUGACCAGGAUAUAUAUACCUAUAACACACUGUUGGAUGCAAUUUGUAAAGGAGGGCAGAUGAAUUUGGCUCAUCAGAUUAUGUCAGAGAUGCCAUCAAAGAAUAUCAUGCCUAAUGUGGUGACUUAUAGUACUAUGAUUGAUGGCUAUGCUAAAGCCGAUAGAUUGGAAGAUGCCUUGAAUUUGUUUAGCCAAAUGAAGUAUUCAGCUAUUGCUCUAGAUCGAGUUUUGUAUAACAUACUUCUUUCGGUUUAUGCGAAGCUGGGUAGGUUUGAGGAUGCAAUGAGUGUUUGCAGGGAGAUGGAGAAUGCUGGGAUCACUAGGGAUGCUGUGUCUUAUAAUGCCCUUUUGGGUGGGUAUGGAAAGCAAGGAAAGUACGAUGAAGUCAAAAGAAUGUACCAAGACAUGAAAGAAGAUCGUGUAUCUCCAAACUUACUAACUUAUUCAACACUGAUUGAUGUGUAUUCGAAAGGUGGGUUGUAUAGGGAGGCAAUGGAGGUUUUUAGAGAGUUUAAGCAAGCAGGAUUAAAGGCUGAUGUUGUUCUUUAUAGUGAACUUAUUAAUGCUUUAUGCAAAAAUGGGAUGGUGGAGUCAGCCGUUUCUUUGCUUGAUGAGAUGACAAAGGAAGGAAUUAGGCCUAAUGUCAUCACUUAUAAUUCAAUUAUUGAUGCGUUUGGUCGCCCAGAAGAGUUAGAUUCUUCACUUGAUGCUGCCAGUGGAGGAAAUAAGUUAAAGACAAAGGCUUCGGUUUCAAAUCCCCGUGAGGAUGCAAUUGAAAACGAGGUUGGAAAUAAAGCAGAUAGUCAAAUUAUAAAGAUGUUUGGGCAACUUGCCGCGGGAAAAGAAGGGCAAUGGAAGAAUAAUAAGAAGGGUAGUCAAGAAAUCUUAUGCAUUCUAGGAGUCUUUCAAAAGAUGCACAAGUUGAAUAUCAAACCAAAUGUUGUCACUUUUUCUGCAAUUUUAAAUGCUUGCAGCCGAUGUAAUUCAUUUGAAGAAGCUUCAAUCUUAUUGGAGGAGCUCCGGUUAUUUGACAACCAGGUCUAUGGCGUUGCCCACGGACUUCUUAUGGGCUACAGGGAAAAUGUUUGGGUUCAAGCUCAGUCUCUGUUUGAUGAAGUAAAGCAGACGGACUCUUCCACAGCAUCUGCUUUCUAUAACGCCCUUACAGAUAUGUUAUGGCACUUUGGCCAGAAACGAGGAGCCCAACUAGUAGUACUCGAAGGUAAACGCCGGAACGUGUGGGAGAGUAUGUGGUCCAAUUCUUGCUUAGAUCUGCAUUUAAUGUCUUCUGGGGCUGCGCGGGCAAUGCUCCAUGCUUGGUUGCUCAACAUACGAUCGGUAGUGUUUGAAGGCCAAGAAUUGCCAAAGCUAUUAAGCAUUUUGACAGGGUGGGGCAAACACAGCAAAGUAGUCGGAGACAGCACUCUGAGACGAGCCAUCGAGUCUCUUCUAAUCAGCAUGGGCGCACCAUUUCAGGUGGCCAAGUGUAACAUAGGCAGAUUUACUUCAUCGGGGUCAGUGGUGGCUGCCUGGUUGAAAGAAUCUGGCACACUGAAGGUGCUUGUUCUUCAUGACGACAGGACUUAUUCGCAGACUACUAAGUCAGACCGAGUCACUAAUUUGCAAACAAUUUCCUUGUAGUACUUUGUGUUAAUAUCUUUGCAUUUCUUAAUAAAUAUGUUAAUAUAAUAGUUUAAUUUAUACAAGUUUUCGUGCUAGUGGAAUUAAUUCUGACCA